UACCUCCCUCAACCCCUGCUUUAGAAACUAAACCCUUUACAAAACCUGUUGCAGAAGCUAAAGCCUCACCAAAAUCCCUUGAACCUGUCUGGGCUAAUAUAACUACCAUAAGUGUACAACCUACCGCAGACUCUUUUAGCCCUACUAUUGAAGCUAAACCCUUUAUGAAGCCUGUCAUAGAAGCUAGCGCCUCCCCAAAACCGGUCUCAGUGCUUCAUAACAAACCUACCAUAAAAGUCCUACCUUCUACACCGCCACGUAGACAUAACAGACCAUGGUCAACAACACCUAUGGAACCUAAAUCUGUUACAGAACCUAACCAUGCAACAAAUAAGCCUACCAUAUAUGUACAACCUUCAACAGAACCUACUAGAGAAACUAGACCCUGCUUCAGCCCUACUGUUGAAGCUAAACCCCUUAUACAGCACAAUAUGGAAACCAGAGUCUUUGCUAAAUCAUCCCCAGAGCCUAAACCAGCUAACAUGCCGACCGUAUAUGUACCACCUUCCCCAAAGCCCAUAGAAAGAGAAACCACCUUAAGCCCUUUUAUUGAAGCUAAACCCUUUCCACAGAAUAAUACGGAAACUAGAGACUUCACAAAACCUGCACCAGAACCUAAACAAGCUAACAAGCCUACCAUAAAUGUACAACCUUCAACAGCACCUACUAUAGAAAGUAGAUCCUGCUUCAGCCCUACUGUUGAAGCUAGACCUGCUGCAAAGGUUAUGGCAUCAAGAAGUUGCUUUAGUCCCACUAGACCUUGGUUAAACCCUUCUACUGAAGCUAAACCCUUGACGAAGCAUGACAUUGAAGCUAUUGUCUCCCUAAAACUGACACCAGAGCCUAAAUCGACUAACACCACUUCCACAAAGCCUGCUAUAGAACGUAUAUCGUCCCCAACCCCAACCGCUGCCGUAGACACUGUGAUAAAACUACCUGCCGUUACCAAAGUGAUUGACUCUUCCACUCCUGCCUCUCUGCCUCAGGCCUCAGCCUCUGUAAAAGCCCCGCCCACAAACAGAGGAAUGUCAUCGCCAUCUCAGCCAAAGACUGGACAGACAGAGACAGACACAAUGGAAGAUGUGGAAGUCAGUGCAUCAGGUGCACAGGGGAAAGCAGCCAGACGUCAAGAGACACCCUGUACGAAGCCUACGAUAUCAACUGCAUCUUCGACUGUUGACAAUGUAGACAAAGUAGACAAGCCCCAAGCUUCAACCGCUAAACCUUGCCUUGCUAACGCUGCACUGAAUGCAAUGAAACCUAAAAGUAUGAAGACCAUGUUCAGUGGCUGGUCGCGCCUCAAAAAACACAUGGUCGUUGAACCAGAGGAACCUCAGUUCCCGGAGCCAGAGCCCGAAUCUGGCUGCAGGGAUGGCGCCAUCUACAGUAAGAACACUGACCAGGCCAAAUCUAGUCAAGCUUCUUCAGCAAAAGUCAAAGACCACUCUGAGAAGGGCAAAGAAGUGCUGAAGGAGACAGAGGCGCCCAGAGCAAUGAAGAUGUGGGACGCCAUGCUCUUCCACAUGUUCUCUACCAAGGAAGCAAUAAUGCAGCAGAUCAAAGCUAGCAAAGCUCCCGACGGUUCCGACAAGAAGAAAGACCAGAGAGAGCAGACCAAUAAGACACGGAAAGUCAAUCAGCAGAAAGAGAAUGAGAUGGAGGUCGUCCCAUCUUUUGCCAGCCGCUUGCCGCUCCUCCUCUACAGUCCGCGCUUCGAUGCCAGAAAGAUUAAAGAGGCUGCAGAGAAGCCGCUGGUGAAGAUGUCAGCUGUGUUCCAAAGGGGGCUGAUUAACCGCAAAAAUCAGGACGGGGAAGGGAAGGACUUUAAUAAAACCGCCAGGGGAUUCGGUUCCUCAAGAACAACUGAUGUCUGACUUUGAACUCCACACACACCAGAAUAUUGCUGCUCAAUCUUCUCAUUAAGUAGAUGAAUAAACCUCAAUAGAUUGAUUUCAGUUAUCAUAUAGCUAGAGAUGUGUGUGUUAAAUAAGCUUCCGAUGAAGGGCUGCAGUGCAGUAGGCUACGCCAGGAUAUUAACUUCAAUAUGGUGGUUAAACUACCAUUUUUAACUGUGAUCAUGAGCUUUUAAGACAAUGAUGUUGGAUGCCUGCAGACGGCUCAUUACAUCUUUCUUGCUCCAUUGAAAGCAUCGCUAGUGUCUUAGUCUUGGAGUGUUCUGGGUGAGGUUAGGAGUAGAGUGUUCACCCUGGGUGAGGUUAGGAGUAGAGUGUUCACCCUGGGUGAGGUUAGGAGUAGAGUGUUCACCCUGGGUGAGGUUAGGAGUAGAGUGUCUGAUGACAGUGUGUAAUAAAUAGAGCUUGUACAUUCCUGGAUUGAUGCGACGGAAGGGCAUUGGGUGACAGAGCAGUGUAGCUGUGAGAGAGGUGGAGCCUAGCUAGAGGUGGAGCCUAGCUAGAGGUGGAGCCUAGCUAGAGGUGGAGCCUAGCUAGAUGUGGAGCCUAGCUAGAUGUGGAGGCUAGUUAGAGGUGGGGCCUAGCUAGAGGUGGAGCCUAGCUAGAUGUGGAGCCUAGCUAGAGGUGGAGCCUAGCUAGAGGUUGAGCCUAGCUAGAGGUGGAGCCUAGCUAGAUGUGGAGCCUAGCUAGAGGUGGAGCCUAGCUAGAGUUGGAGCCUAGCUAGAGGUUGAACCUAGUUAGAGGCAGGGCCUAGCUAGAUGUGGAGCCUAGCUAGAUGUGGAGGCUAGUUAGAGGUGGAGCCUAUUUAGAGGUGGAGCCUAGUUAGAUGUGGAGACUAGCUAGAUGUGGAGGCUAGCUAGAGGUGGAGCCUGCUAGAUGUGGAGGCUAGCUAGAGGUGGAGCCUAGCUAGAGGUGGGACUUAGUUAGAGGUGGAGCCUAGCUAGAUGUGGAGGCCAGCUAGAUGUGGAGGCUGGCUAGAGGUGGAGGCUAGUUAGAGGUGGAGCCUAUUUAGAGGCGGAGCCUAGCUAGAUGUGGAGGCCAGCUAGAUGUGGAGGCUGGCUAGAUGUGGAGGCUAGUUAGAGGUGGAGCCUAUUUAGAGGUGGAGUCUAGUUAGAGGUGGAGCCUAGCUAGAGGUGGGGCCUAGUUAGAGGUGGAGCCUAGUUAGAGGCAGGGCCUAGCUAAUAGCUAAUAACCAGACUCGAGUGAGAACUCUAAUUUUGAACUUAACACUGUGACUGCAUGCAACGUUUUUAAAGUUAGUGGAAAAGAUAUGAAGUUUUCCCUCUAGUGUUUAUAACUCUAUAGUGGAGCUAUGGGAGGGGCACAGCUGCAGAAGUUGGACAUACAGGGGCAGAAGGUGUGGCUUCAAUAGAAGGAAGCAGAAGGAUACGUAGGCCCGACUGGAAAUGACAACACUAAAACAGUUGGUUUGAAAAGCACUUUCAGUUUGCAGGUUGGUUGAAAAUAUAUUUAAAUAGCAAAUGGAAUGUAUUGGACAUGGGUCCUCAUAGGGACAUGAUGAUAGGACAUGGGUCCUCAUUGGGACAUGAUGAUAGGACAUGGAUCCUUAUGGGACGUGAUGAUAGGACAUGGGUCCUCAUAGGGACAUGAUGAUAGGACAUGGAUCCUUAUGGGACGUGAUGAUAGGACAUGGGUCCUCAUAGGGACAUGAUGAUAGGACAUGGAUCCUUAUGGGACAUGAUGAUAGGACAUGGAUCCUUAUGGGACGUGAUGAUAGGACAUGUAUCCUUAUGGGACAUGAUGAUAGGACAUGGAUCCUUAUGGGACGUGAUGAUAGGACAUGUAUCCUUAUGGGACAUGAUGAUAGGACAUGGGCCCUUAUGGGACAUGAUGAUAGGACAUGGGCCCUUAUGGGACAUGAUGAUAGGACAUGGGCCCUUAUGGGACAUGAUGAUAGGACAUGGGUCCUCAUUGGGACAUGAUGAAAGGACAUGGGCCCUUAUGGGACAUGAUGAUAGGACAUGGACCCUCAUAGGGACAUGAUGAUAGGACAUGGAUCCUCAUAGGGACAUGAUGAUAGGACAUGGGUCCUUAUGGGACAUGAUGAUAGGACAUGGAUCCUUAUGGGACAUGAUGAUAGGACAUGGAUACUUAUGGGACAUGAUGACAGGACAUGGGUCCUCAUUGGGAUAUGAUGAUAGGACAUGGAUCCUUAUGGGGACAUGAUGAUAGGACAUGGGUCCUUAUGGGACGUGAUGAUAGGACAUGGGUCCUCAUAGGGACAUGAUGAUAGGACAUGGAUCCUUAUGGGACGUGAUGAUAGGACAUGGAUCCUUAUGGGACGUGAUGAUAGGACAUGGAUCCUUAUGGGGACAUGAUGAUAGGACAUGGGUCCUUAUGGGACGUGAUGAUAGGACAUGGGUCCUCAUAGGGACAUGAUGAUAGGACAUGGAUCCUUAUGGGACAUGAUGAUAGGACAUGGAUCCUUAUGGGACGUGAUGAUAGGACAUGGAUCCUUAUGGGACAUGAUGAUAGGACAUGGAUCCUCAUAGGGACGUGAUGAUAGGACAUGGAUCCUUAUGGGACAUGAUGAUAGGACAUGGAUCCUUAUGGGACGUGAUGAUAGGACAUGGAUCCUUAUGGGACAUGAUGAUAGGACAUGGAUCCUCAUAGGGACGUGAUGAUAGGACAUGGAUUGCUUUGUGAUGAUUGUCUUCAAUGGUGCAGAAUGGAUAAGAAUGAAGGAAUGUA